AUGGUUCGUAAACUAAAGCAUCAUGAGCAGAAACUUCUCAAGAAGGUCGACUUCCUGGACUGGAAACAGGACCAAGGCCAUAGAGAUACCCAGGUAAUGCGGACAUACCACAUUCAAAACAGAGAAGACUAUCAUAAGUACAACAGACUAUGUGGUGACGUUCGUCGCCUUGCUCACAAACUCUCGCUCCUGCCACCCACAGACGCAUACAGAAGCAAGCACGAACAGCUGCUACUGGAAAAACUAUACGCAAUGGGAAUUCUAACAACCAAAUCGAAAAUUUCAGAUCUCGAAAAUAAAGUUACCGUGAGCGCCAUAUGCAGAAGGCGCCUGCCCGUUAUUAUGCAUCGGUUGAAAAUGGCAGAAACCAUUUCAGAUGCCGUCAAAUUCAUAGAACAAGGGCAUGUCAGAGUCGGUCCAAAUCUCAUCACUGAUCCUGCCUUUCUAGUCACACGUAACCUUGAGGACUACGUUACCUGGGUGGAUAGCUCUAAGAUCAAGAAGACCAUUCUCAGGUAUAGAAACCAAAUCGAUGACUUUGACUUUGCAUAG